AAAACCUGUUUGGGUGAAUUAUUAAAUGUAUGAUGACAAAGCCCCGCCCCGUUUUGAGGCAUUGAAACGAGGCAGUUGCGUAAUUUGUCUUCUUGUCAAACGCGUAAAGCGCUUGACAUCUCUGGCUGGCUGUUGUGUCGUUCUCAUUUGCGGCAUAUUGAAUGACGUGAUCUCCAGUUUAUUUCAGCUGAGGACAUGCGGUUAUGGGCAACGCUUUGUUGAGCAGGAACCACGGCUAGAAUAAAACACCUCUAAGAACUGAACGAGGCAUUGAGAGAGGACGAUAACAGUGGAUUUAAUGACACUCCAUCAAAGCAUCACAUUCUGAUCAAAAGAAACAUGGAUGGAUGGGUGCCGCCUCAGUUUCACACGUUGUCAGACCAUAAGAAGUUUUGUCAAGACAGUUCCCUCACGAUGGACCAAGGCACGCCAUACAGCAUAAACAUGAAUGUUUUUUUACCGGACGUCACCUACCUACGGACCGGCAUGUGUAGACCCGUGAGGUCCGCGGCGCCUCAGAUAAAGACAGAACCUCUGCAUUCGUCUUUCAACUACUCAAGUUGCCACGGUUCGGUUGCACCCAGCGUUACGCAUGCAGAGUACACAAACCUCUACAGCCCAGCUACGGAAAUGGGUAGCAAUGUUUACGUCAAGCAUGAGACGCCGUCCCACGAAUUCCCAGAUGUUCCACUUUUUCAGCUGUUGAAUUCGGAGCUCGAGCCCAAUGGUGGCCACCCUUGCACAGAUUCCCACAAUGCCACAUGCCCUCCGAUGCCAACAUAUAACGGCAUUCACACACACCCCGGCCAGAUUGCAGAACGGCCGCAUUGUAAUAUGAGCAACAGUGGAUAUUCACUACCUACCCAGUUUGGUCAGUAUCUUCAGAAGAGGGCGGCCUAUCUACCACCCUCCCCUCCAAACUCAGAACCGGGCAGCCCGGACAGGAGGAAAGAACUCAUACAGAACUUAUCUCCACCUCCGUCAUAUGCUGCCAGCAUGGCGUCUAAAAUGGCAGGUCUUACCCCUGGACCAGCACUUUCUGGCCAAACACAAGCAGUACCUGCCCAAUACAACCGCAGAAACAAUCCCGAUCUAGAAAAAAGGAGAAUACAUCACUGUGAUGUACCAGGAUGUAAGAAGGUCUACACCAAGUCCUCACAUUUGAAGGCCCAUUUACGUACUCACACAGGCGAAAAGCCAUACAAGUGCUCAUGGGAGGGGUGCGACUGGCGAUUCGCCCGCUCUGACGAGCUAACGCGCCACUUCAGGAAGCACACAGGGGCCAAACCUUUCCAGUGCGCCGUAUGUAGCCGUUGCUUCUCCCGAUCGGACCACCUGGCCCUCCACAUGAAAAGACACCAGAACUAGAACCGCCGGCUCUCGUUGUUCUGACGGUGCUGCAGGAGGGCUAUCAGGACCUCUGUUGAUGAUACUAAUUAGGAUUUGGGUGUGUUGGUUAAUCUUGGGUUUUGGCAGUUCAUCAGGUACAAUGGGACCAAACCCUGCUGUCAGUGCGGCUCCUGUGGUCAUAAAACCAGCUAAUUGAUGAGAACUUGUCUCAUUUGCCAGAUGGGACAUUCUUUUGACAUGUUUGUUUGUCUGUUUGUUUAUUUGUUUGUCUGCAUACAUUGAGGUCAUCAUUUAUGACAUGAACUACUUUUAAUGUGCCUUUUUUACCUUGUAGAAUGGAGGCGCCAUGUAAAAUGUACAACGUUCAAGAACUUGUGGGCAGUUUUAAUCUUCUCUAAAGUAAUAUUCCAGAUUGAAUACAAGUUAAGAUUAAUUGACUUCAUUUGUGGCAUAAUGUUGAUCAUGUUAAACACACAAAUAAGUUUGAUUUUGUGGCUAUACUGUUGAAACAUUGAGAACUUUGACGUUUACAAGAUUGGCCCCAUUGACUUCUAUUGUAAAUCAUUGUAAAAAAAAAAAAAAAAAAAAAAACUUAUGGUAAUCAACAUUAUGCCACAGGUUUAUUAGAGAUUAACUUUUAUUGAACCCAGAAUAUUCCUGUAAAUGGCUACUCAUACUUGUAUCACAAGGUAAGUCAUAAAAUGCACUGUGGUCUUGGUUGUAGAACCAAACUGCAGAACAGUCAUGAGAAUGUGAUCCACAAACACUGAGUCACAAUGAAUUAAUGUCUUUUAAAAGCAGCACUUGAUAAGAAACAGAGCUUCAGAAAUUUGUGCAGGAGCCGCCGUGUAAUUAGAAAAUUAAAUGUAGCUUCAGAACACCAAAGAGUUGGAUGAAGUCCAAACUAUGAUAUGUUUUGAAGAGGAUUCUGACGAAGAUUUGCUUUAUGUAGGGGAAAUGUUUGAAAGAGCACAAUCUAAAGAUUGAUUGAACUACUUUAUGUUAAUUCCUGUGUUUUACUGAAACGCAAUAAGUGGUACAAAUGCUGUAUUUUUCCUGGCAAGAGGACAGGUCGGAUAUCGAUUUCUUCCAUAGUUGUUUAUUUUCCUUACUAUGCAUUUGUUUGGGAUAAAUGAUAGCUUUAAAUGUACAUAUAAUGUGUAUUUAUUUUGCCAAGAUUAUUUUUUUUUCUUCUAUUUUAUAAAAUGUAACAACGCUUACAUGAAAUGAGCACCGGGCUACUGGGAAGUGGUUUUAGAAAUCUUUGUUCAAACUAAUAGCGCUCUAAACGGCCGCAUUAUGUGGAACAAUGUGGCAGCUGAUUGUUUACAUUAGUUGGUUUGGCUUAUGGUGUGUGUUACAUCUGUUUGUGUGGCCCCAUAAAACCUCUUAUUUUCCAUUACAGUGA